AGCAGGGUCAGCUCUUGAGCAGCUGUUGAUUUGGGGCGCCGGUCGCCCUAAUCGCUUCUAUGGGGCGUCUCGUUUAUCUCCGCCUGAGCUAUUUAUUGCAAUAGUUCUCGCCGUACGCCCCCUUUUAACGGACACCACUGCAUGCACUGCUGUGAGAUGUCAUCUUCAUCGUCAUCCUCCUCGAUGGCUGGUCCACGGAGGCUACUCUUGCUGUCAAAUUCGACCAUGUACAACGGAGAGUUUCUCGAGUUCGCCGCCGAUACCGUCAAGGAUUUCUUCAAGAAGUCGGCGGCCAAGCGAAUUCUGUUCGUGCCUUACGCGCGCAAGGAUUACGCAGACUACGCAGCUAAAGUGAAGGCUCGACUAGGCGAAAUGGGCUUCGAGGUGGACAGCAUUCACGAAGCCGCCGAUCCGGUAAGCGCUGUGAAGAUGGCACAGGGCAUAUUCAUCGGCGGCGGAAACACGUUUCGCCUGCUGAAGACGCUUUACGAAUCAAACACCGCUGAGGCGAUUCGCAACAGGUGCCUGGUAGACGGGAUGCCUUACAUGGGCGCUAGUGCAGGUACCAACGUUGCCACGGCCAACAUUUGCACUACGAACGACAUGCCGAUCUUUUACCCGCCGACGUUCGUAGCACUGCGUCUCGUGCCGUUCAACAUCAACCCGCACUACAUCGAAACCGACUCUGACAGCAAGCACAUGGGUGAGACGAGGGACCAGAGGAUCGAAGAGUACCUCGAAGUGGGCAACCGCUUGCCUGUGCUGGGAUUGAAAGAGGGCGCCAUACUGAAGGUCGAGGGCAACAACGCUGUACUGCUGGGAAACGAGGCGAAAUUGUUCAAGGAGAACGCAGAUCCAGUUUACUACAAGCCUGGAACAGACAUGAGCUUCUUGCUAACCGACGGGAAGGCUUAGUUGUGGUUGCCUACAUUGCGAUAAUUCUUCCACUUACUUUUGGUGUGUCGGUGUUGUGGUUUGGUGAUAUUUUACAAAGUGACUAAAGAAGUUAUGUUUAUGUGCCUUAAGUUUUUGUGUGGCGCUUUCACGUCUCCAGGGACGGGCUUUGCAACAAAUGUGUGAACCCUGCCUGAAGGUGUGCAGUCUGGAUUAGUCAAAUCAGUGCAUACUGAAGACUAGUCAAGCAGUAUGUUCUAAAUCGACCGUGUGUGAAAAAGCCACUUCAGUGAAGUAAUCAAAGAAAUUAUGGUUUCGGUAGUGUGUUGCAUCUUUACAACUGUGAUUGUUCAUGCUGUUCUAUAGUAAUAACAUUGGACAGCUGCGGCCUCAGGUGUUUAUUUUUAUAAGGGGGUCCAAUUGUGUGACAACAGUUCCAUAUAGACAAAUAAAAAUAUGGUGUAUGUCAUGAA